GGUCAGUGUGUGGUUGGUACAGCCAUGGUGCGGGCAGGACCUGCCCCAUGCCCACUAGACUCUGAUACCCUGAGACACACUCACCAGGGUACAACAUUCUCACAGAAACGUUACUUGCGUGUGCGUGCGAGUGCGUGUGUGUGUGUGUGUCUGUGUGCGUAGGAGUCAAAGGGGAUGUGCGUUGGUGAAGUGUGUGCGUAUACGGCUGUGUGUGGAGGUGGUGGCGUUAUACGCACUGAGAGCCCCUGAACCUCAUCUAAAACUACCCCCCCCCCUAUCUACGCUCAUGUCGUACCCAGUCCUCAAACCUCCGACGAUAAUCAAGAGUGAGUGCGGGUGUGGGAGAGGCAGAACCUACCAUCAACUGCCUACGCCAGGAUAGGCCUAUUGUGUGCACGGCUUAAGACUCCGGGGGGAGGGGGAGGCAGGGGGAGGAAAAUUGGUUGGAAACCCAGCCUACUUCACCCUACUCCAGCCUACUCCAGCCUACUACUCCUCGCCUGGGCGCCUCUAGGCUUAAUUUUUGCCCGAGGAAAACUUUUAGACAAAGUCGCCAAAAUGUGCUUCGCUCGCACGGGGGACAUGUCCAUGGGACGCAACCUGAGAGCCGCCCGAUGCCUCGACUUCACUGACAAAGACGACGAUGAUGGACUGUACCAGCCCUCAGACUCCGACACAGAGGCGGCUACUAAGAAGAAAGGGGAGACUGUGACCGAGGAGAACAACAACAACAACAGCGCCACUAACAACAACACGGGCAGCAGCGGCAUCAAGUCCAGAUACAGACGGGGCACAGUCAGUGGUAUCAUCGGUGGCACUCUGGCCAGCUCCCUGGGCACUACUAAUGUCACUGGUGGCACCCGCAGGACCUCAGUCUCCGUUAAGAGACCGCUGGACAUCAUUCUCCCUUGCCAGGAGAUCCAGUACCUUGAUAUCUCCUACCAGAAGGUCCAGUAUAGUCCUAUCCCUCGCAAGAAGAUCGCGUACCACCAUGUGCCAUACAAUUCUAUCCCUUACUGUGAGGUGCCAUACUGUGGCACUGGUGAGCGCCCCAUCAAGCGGAAGCCCUUACAGCGUGCUCACUCCAUCGCUGUGGCUGACCUUAGAGAGCCAGAAGGCUGUGAGUGGUCGUCAUACAAACUAAGGUGAAGCAGUGUGAAUGACCUAUAAAGGCGGUCUUAGUGGCAAGAAUCUGGAGCACGACCUCGAAGGAGGAGGUGCAAGAUGAUCUUGGGAAUCUCUGGUCCAGAUGCUCUCAUGUUCUUGACUGUGAAAGCCUCUCCCUGAGGCCAGGAGCUGGAGGUUGACGUUCCACACCGGCGUCUACUGGUGCAUCAGUGGAGGCCACGUGUCAGGGAACUUAAGAAAGUACAGAGUGAGACGAAGUGCAGAGCAGCUCACACACACACAGUUACAACUUGUGUCAGUGACUAACACACAAGUCUCGUGUACUCGCACUGAAUCUGAGAUCAUCUGGACGAUGCUUCAGCUGAAUCUGGGAUCAUCUGGAUGAUGCUUCAGCUGAAUCUGGGAUCACCUGGACGAUGCUUCAGCUGGAACCCCUAAGACAGUGACGGUGGUUAUUCUGUCUGGUGCUUAAAAGGCACAUAAAUUCCCCUGUCUUCCAAUAACAUGUUCAUUUUUCCACUAUAAUCUACCUUGUCCAUAAUUACCGUCACAUUUACUUUGUCUGUUUCGUAAGGUAAAGUCCAGGAUCUUUCCUUAAUUCAUGGUAUAACUUAACAAAUCUUUAAGGUCAGUUGUGUUGCAGAGGUCUCAGACCUCAAAGAUUUUUUUGUUAAGUUAUACCAUGAACAAAGGAAAGAUCCUGGACUUCACAUUACGAAACAGACAAAGCAAAUAUGACAUAAUUAUGUACAAGGUAGAUUAUAGUGGAAAAAUGAAUCUGUUAUUAGAAGACAGUGGAACUUACAUGCCCCUUAAAAUAUAUAUUAGUGAGAAAAACUCAAUGACCAAGAAGUGUGCUUAUUGUCCCAAGCAAGUGACACAUAGAUCAAUUUUCAUUUUUUUUUUUUUUUGUAAACACUUAUGCAUUAUUUUUGCAUCAGCGAAGUGAAAAUUAUAUAGACACGUGCACGCUUACCGCUUCUCCAUGAACUGAGAGACAUAAACCCAAGAGUAUUAGUUUUAUAUGAAAUAAAUGAGUGAUUCACAGUGCUAUAAGUAGGAUUUAUAUGUGUGAAUGGUAUCCAGUUUGGACCUCUAUGUGUUUAUAUGUGUGCAUGCUAUUUGUAUAGACCAUCUGUGUAUAGGAAACUUUCUUAUUUUGUACACUUGGCAAGUUGUUUUUCACUUUUAUAUUUUUUCAACUUGUGAAUUUAUUUUAUGAUUUACCAUUGAGUCCUUUGUUCGUGUUUCAGUGUCCAUACUCUCUCUUUGUGAUGUGUUCCAUCAAGUCUCAGUUUGUCUGCAUGAAGACAGCCAUGUUUGUGUGUGUGUGUCUAUCUGUCUAUGUCUGUGUUCCGACGGCUGUUUCAUACAGAUUUGUGUCAAAUAUUUCUCACACCAGAGGUGUUUCUGUGUCACAGUCACCACUCUAGUGUGUUCACGUUGUCCCACUCUACCCAGGUAUCAUUUAAUAUUUAUGUAUGCCAGGCUUUUUUAAUACACAUUUUUUCAAUAAUGACAAUACCUUAUUUGGGUAAAUAACUAAAAAAAGGAUUUGUUAUAUAUAUAUAUAUAUGUUUUUUUUUUUGUGCGAUGUAAAGACGUUGAAGAUUUUACCAAAUAUUCCCCCCGAAGAUGAGGAUGUUGAGAUGAAGGUAGGAUGUGUGUGUGUGUAACCCAGGGGUUAGUUGAGGUGACCUCAAAAUCUGGAUCAUUGCAAAAUGUAUCUAGCCUGGGAUAUGAUGUUCUAAAUGAUUGCAAUCUGGACACCCCCUCCAUCUCCAUGAUCCGAGUGAUACAAGAAUCCCAGCCUGGGGUAUGGAGCACUGAAUGAUUGCAGUCUGGAACCCCAUGAUCCAAGUGAUGCUAGGAUCCCAGCCUGGGGUAUGGAGCACUGAAUGACUGCAGUCUGGAACCCCAUGAUCCAAGUGAUGCUAGGAUCCCAGCCUGGGGUAUGGAGCACUGAAUGACUGCAGUCUGCAACCCCAUGAUCUGAGUGAUACUAGGAUCCCAGCCUGGGGUAUGGAGCACUGAAUGACUGCAGUCUGGAACCCCAUGAUCCAAGUGAUACUAGGAUCCCAGCCUGGGGUAUGGAGCACUGAAUGACUGCAGUCUGGAACCCCAUGAUCCAAGUGAUACUAGGAUCCCAGCCUGGGGUAUGGAGCACUGAAUGACUGCAGUCUGGAACCCCAUGAUCCAAGUGAUACUAGGAUCCCAGCCUGGGGUAUGGAGCACUGAAUGACUGCAGUCUGGAACCCCAUGAGCCAAGUGAUACUAGGAUCCCAGCCUGGGGUAUGGAGCACUGAAUGACUGCAGUCUGGAACCCCAUGAUCCAAGUGAUACUAGGAUCCCAGCCUGGGUAUGGAGCACUGAAUGACUGCAGUCUGGAACCCCAUGAUCCAAGUGAUACUAGGAUCCCAGCCUGGGGUAUGGAGCACUGAAUGACUGCAGUCUGGAACCCCAUGAUCCAAGUGAUACUAGGAUCCCAGCCUGGGGUAUGGAGCACUGAAUGACUGCAGUCUGGAACCCCAUGA